AUGACGCUGGAUGCUAACAGUACGGGCAGCCUGACGCUGGCUGCUCAGGUGCCCUUGGCAUUUUUAAUGUCCCUCUUUGCCUUUGCUAUAAUGCUAGGCAAUGCUGUGGUCAUUUUAGCCUUCAUGGUGGACAGAAAUCUUAGACAUCGAAGUAAUUAUUUUUUUCUUAAUUUGGCUAUUUCUGACUUCUUCGUGGGUAUGAUCGCCAUUCCUCUGUACAUCCCUCAAACGUUUAACUGGAGUUUUGGAAGUGCAGUCUGCACAUUUUGGCUCGUUACUGACUAUCUCUUGUGUACAGCAUCUGUCUACAAUAUUGUCCUCAUUAGCUACGACCGAUACCAAUCAGUGUCAAACGCUGUGUCUUACAGGGCUCAGCACACGGGCAUUGGGAAGAUUGUUGCUCAACUGGUGGCUGUCUGGAUCCUGGCUUUCUUGGUAAAUGGCCCAAUGAUUCUGGCUUCGGCCUCUUGGAAGAACACAAAGGAAUGUGAGCCUGGCUUUGUUACAAAGUGGUACAUCCUUGCCAUUACCUCCUUCUUGGAAUUCCUGGCCCCUGUCAUCUUGGUGGCCUAUUUCAAUGUGCAAAUUUACUGGAGCCUAUGGAAGCGCGGGAAUCUCAACAGGUGUCCCAGCCACACAGGCUCCUCCUCUGCCUCUUCCAGUGACUCCAGACACUUAGCCAGAACUGGGCUGACUUCCAGGACCUCUCUUCCUGCGCUGAGGGAAUCAGCCUCGUCCCUUCAUACAGGAGGUCCCCUAAGAACAAGCCGUCUCAUGGUGUCCUUAAGGAGUCACACACGUAGCAGUAUCAUGGCCUUCAAAGCAGGCUCCCUCUUCCGGUCAGAAGCCUUAGCUCUUCACCAAAGGGAGAGCCUGGAGCUUCUCAGAGGCAGGAAGUUAGCCAGGUCGCUGGCCAUCCUCCUAAGUGCCUUCGCCAUCUGCUGGGCUCCGUACUGUCUCUUCACAAUCGUUCUUUCAACUUACCCCAGGGGAAAGCGCCCCAAAUCAGUUUGGUACAACAUUGCCUUUUGGCUGCAGUGGUUCAAUUCUUUCAUUAAUCCCUUUUUGUACCCCUUAUGUCACAGACGUUUCCAGAAAGCUUUCUGGAAAAUAUUUCGUGUGAAAAAGAAACCCACAGCAUCACAGACUCAGUCAGUAUCUUCUUGA